UCGCAGGUCAGAAGAGAGAUGGGAUUCCCCCGAACUGGAGUUAUGAGUGGCUCUGAGCCACCAGUGUAAUAAGGAACAUGUGGGUGCUGGGAACUGAAUCCAGGUCUGAAUCUGCAAGCGAGGCAAGUGCUCCCGCCCCCUUUACAUUUAAUAUUGAUAAGAUCUAGUAUACCUUCAAAGUCUCUAAGACAGUGCUACCCAGUUAGCUUUUGAGUGGAUGACUGAGGCAUCCAACAUCUUCGGGCUUAACUCAGGACCACAGCCGUCCUGCCCACAGGAAGGCACCUGCACGAGACACUACUGCGGGGUGGGGGCGGGGGACUACCAGAAAAAGGAUUGCCUGAAUCCAAGGCUGGGAUGGGUGGCUUCUGUGGCGCGGACAGGGGCGGCUUCCUAGCCCUCCUGGUCUGGCUUCAGCUUCUUCAGCCUUUGUUCAGUGGUACUUACAAACCCAGGGAAGAUUCCGGAGUGAUGCACCGGCCCCAGAGGCCCCGGAGACCCCGGAGUGACCCAGAGGCCCCGGCACAGCAGAGUCGCUUGAAAUCCCUGAGUAUUUCGCACCCUUCAGGAGUUCCGGUGUCUGUAGACAGGACUGAGAUUCCAGGAUCAGGGUCUCCUUCAGGGACCACAACCAAAAUUACCUUGGAAAACAGGAGGAGCUCUCUAGGAGGACCGUUUUUUACAGACACUUGCGGCCAUAGAAUUACAGAGGUAGAUCCUGGAAGUUUAUCUGCAGGGAGGAAGUGGCCUUGGCAGGUGAGUCUGCAGAGUCAAAAUGAGCAUGUUUGUGGAGGCUCCCUCAUCAGCCACCGAUGGGUGUUGACUGCGGCCCACUGCAUAUAUGAGCAGGAGGAGUACAUGGUGAUGUUGGGUGACGACAUGCUGCAUUCUGAAUCUGAAAGUGUGACCCUGGUCCCAGUCCAGGACAUCAUUUUCCCUUCCAACUUUGACAUUCAAACCAUGAGGAAUGACAUUGCCCUUGCUCUGCUGUACUUCCCCGUGAAUUACUCCUCGCUCAUCCAGCCCGUGUGCCUUCCCGAAGAGCCCUUCCGAGUGAAAAACGGGACAGUGUGCUGGGUGACUGGCUGGGGCCAACAGAACGAAAUUGAUGCAGGGUUUGCAUCCAUUCUCCUCCAGGAGGUUCAGCAACGCAUUCUCCUCCAGAAGCACUGUAACACGCUGUUCCAGAGACAGCUGGGGACAUCGAAAAACCUAGUGAUUAAAGGGAUGAUCUGCGGUCUGCAAGACUCAGGACAGAGUCUUUGUUGGGGAGAUUCUGGGAACCCCCUUGUCUGCGAAUCUGACAACACGUGGACCCAGGUGGGGAUCAUGAGCUGGGGCAUCAACUGCAAUGGAGUCCCUGUCCUCUCAGUUUACACAGACAUCGCUGAGUACAAUGAGUGGGUCAGCUAUGUCUUAAGUCAGGCUUCCCGUAUGGAUCCCAUGGGAGUCUUGGUCCUAUACCUGUCUCUGGUGUUUCCCUUGGCCCUCCUGGUAGCUCUGUGACCUCCUUAGGCCCUGUCUUCCUGAGAGUUUUGAGUCUCCCACUGUGCCUUUUCUCCAUUUUCCCUUUCUGUCUUUCUGCCCUUUCUUCAAAUUCCAGUUAGCAGCUAUUGCCACAGUAGACUGUGGCAGGGAGAUUGGGGGCUGCAAAGUGCUCUGACUGGUGUUCUGGUUACUUGCCUCAUGAUACACCCACACUUGGUGGACUAACCUGGACUAGAGGGCCAGCUUGCCUGCUAGGUGGAGAACCAUGACUCCAUGAUCUUGGGGACAUCUGCCAAGAAGAGAUAAUAUCACCUGGCUCUGUUUACAUCACACAGCUUAGUGACCACUGAAAGAGAGGGAGAACAACCGGGUGUGGUGGCACACACCUGUAAUCCCAGCUCUCGGGAGGCAGAGGCAGGCGGAUUUCUGAGUUUGAGGCCAGUCUAAAAAUCUAAAAAGUGAGCUCCAGGACAGCCAGGGCUACACAGAGAAACCCUAUCUCAAAAA